GACACACACACACACACACACACACACACACACACAGAGACACAGAGAGAGAUGGGCAGUGCUACAGCAGGAAACAAAACCAAAAGGUUACUGAAGCGUUAUAAACAAAUCGCUCGCGCACUCAACAGCAUCUUUAUAUUAGUUUUGAUCGCGACUUCAACUUCUGCAGAAAUAAUGUCACUCUAACGUGCAUUUCAACGAGAACGAGAAGUAAGUAACACGAACGGACCUUUCCCACUUUUCCCGGUUACACCGGUCACCUGUCCCUGAUGGCUGAGGGCGCGCGCACUCUGCCCCCGUUCCGGCGCUUCACCUACGCGGUGGGGCACGUGCUCAACGACCUGUGCGCCUCCAUGUGGUUCACCUACCUGCUGCUUUACUACCAGUCGGUGCUCAGUUUCCGGGACUCCAACGCCGGGCUGCUGCUGCUGUUCGGUCAGAUCGCAGACGGAAUCGCCACGCCGCUGGUCGGCUACGAGUCGGAUCGGACACGAGGAAUCGGUUCGUACGGGAAACGCAAGUCAUGGCAUCUAAUCGGAACCAUCUGCGUGCUGCUGUCUUUCCCGUUCAUCUUUAACCCGUGUGUGGGAUGCAGCGAGGUUUUGCCACAGUGGGUGGGCCUCACCUACUUCACCCCUUUCAUCAUCAUCUUCCAGUUUGGCUGGGCCUCCACUCAGAUCUCCCACCUGUCGCUCAUCCCGGAGCUAGUGACCUGCGAACACGCCAAGGUGGAGCUCACAGCGUACAGGUACGCGUUCACGGUUCUGUCCAAUAUCACCGUAUAUGCAGUGGCCUGGCUGCUGUUCCACUUCCAGCACUCGGCCGAUCCGUCCGUCGCUGACCAUCUGACUCACCAGGACGUCCCCGUGUUCAGGGACUUGGCACUGAUCGUACUGGGCAUCGGGGCCGUUUUCUCGCUCAUCUUUCACCUGUGGACACGAGAGCAAACACGGGACGAGGAGAGACAACCCCUGCUGUCUCACUCCAACCUGAGCUCAGGGCCGCUGCUGCAGUGGAAACAUUGGCUCCACGAACCGUCCUUCUACCAGGUAGCUGCUCUGUACAUGUGCACCCGUCUGAUCGUCAACCUCUCUCAGACCUACAUCUCCAUGUACCUCAUCAACUCUUUAUUCCUGCCGAAGAACUACAUCGCCACCAUUCCUCUGGUGCUGUACGUUAGCGGUUUUGUGUCGUCUCUGGUCAUGAAGCCAGUCAGUAAACGCCUCGGAGUUAGUAUGACGUAUUUUGUGGGACUGGUGCCCAUCGUGGCGUUUGGCAUUUGGGCUCUGCUGGAUUUGAAGAUGGGCGUUCGCGUGUACGGGGCGGCUGUGCUGCUGGGAGCCGGGUCAGCCGUCAUUCUGGUCAUGUCGCUGUCCAUGACCGCCAAUCUCAUCGGAGAUCAGACGCAAAGUGGCGCGUUCGUGUACGGAGCCAUGAGCUUUACAGACAAGGUGGCCAACGGUCUCGGCGUGAUGAUUAUCCAGAGCCUGUACCCCUGUCAAACACUGCUUUGCUGCUCUGACUGCGUCUGGUUCUAUCGUCGUAUCAUGGUUGCCGUGACAGGGGGCGUCGGCCUCGUCGCCGCGCUCUGCCUCUUUAGUCUGCUCAUCUGGCCAAUCAAGAUCCGCCGAAGUUGAGAACGCUUUACGCCGACAGUCUUGGUGAACAGGAGAACAUUGGGAACAAAACCAGCAGAAGUGGACCGGAAAAGUGAUCGAGCUCAAAGCGGUGAUUUUGUGUCCCCUCAAGUCACACGUCUACACAAUGAAUCUAAGAGCUACAGUAUGAGAAAGCAGAGCCGUCUGUGCUUCACAUGGAAACUUCUCUGUCGUGGUCAAGCGUCACAUGACCACAGCGGUGCAAUUCGUCUUCUUAGUUCCCUCUUUUCUGUGGCCUUCAGGUUUUUAAUAGCAACAUCGUCUUUUCUGACAACGGACAUGCAACUCCUGGGAAUUUCGGAGAUACGAAGAAUAAGAUGAAUUCUAUUUACAGGCAGGGUCUCCGAUUUUGGAGAAAUGCUUCAGAAAACUGAGUCGGGCCGAAUAAUAAACAAAAAUCAAAACAAAAAUCAAAUAGCCAAUGAGCAGAAAGGGGCGGGGCUUGUCUAUAUGCGGCGG